AUGGAACAGCUGUCAAAUCGAGCUCUGAAAAAGCAGAAGUUCUCUGAUCAGAAUACCAAGAGCAAGAAGAAGCGUCACAAGAUCGCAGCCAACAAAGCUCGGAGAGCCGCUGAAGAGGCGACAGGUGACGUGUGUAAGGAUGAGGUGCUCGAAAGCACCUUGGAGCUUAGGCAAGUUGAGCCCGACCCACAGGAACUGACUGACGAGGUCAAGUCUGAGAUACCUGCUGGUCAAUUGCACGUCAUCCCCGUGAUACCUCCAGAAGAUCUUUUGAAAGAAAAGGUACCAAGCCGACCUCGCAGCAUGGAGAAGCUGCUCGAGCGUGCCCACGCCCGCGGCAAGCGCCACGCCGAACUAGUCCGAGACACGGCCCCUAUUUAUCAACUGGACAAAUCUUGGGUGACUCUUGGGAAGGAAUCCAACAGGGUCAUAGCCCAGGCCACUCGAAAGGAGCGCACCUUCCUCCCAAAAGAUCGCACCCCCUGUUCAUCCACCAUCAUCGACAGUGACAGUACCACCAUAGGUGUUUACUUCGGUGAACACCUUCAGGGCGAACAGCACCUCUUUGAGGCUUGUCGUGACCCGAAUGUCACCGUUAGGAGUGACGGCAUCCCGCCUCUCACUCCCAGUACGGACACCCAUGUCAAUGACGACACUCCGUCCGGCCGUCGCAAGCACAUCUCAGUGCUGACGUGGUACAACAACACCGCUGAGCUCACCGCCUUCCUGGCAGGGCUCUUCGAAGGCUCUUUCCCAGCUUGCUAUGAGACAUACAAGGAGGCGUUCAAGGCCGGUCGUUGGUUCCAGGUCAAGGAUAACGGACCCUGGCUCAACCGAGCCGUCGUCUGGAAGCUCGAUGUCGGCUUGCACUGUGACAGUGGGGAUGGCGGGCCCACCGUCACAUUCCCAGUUGGAUUUUUUGUAGGAGGCCAUAUGCAAAUUCCACAGCUUGGUGACACUGUUUUCGAGUGA